UUCUGACACUUAACGAUGCUGGUCUUUUACUUGCCUCUGUCCCCACUGCUCUCAGUAGGGACAGCGGCAGAGACUAGGGCCUGCUGGCUGUGGGCUGGGCGUAGUGGAGGCUGUAGGCGGAGCUGCAGCGCAGCACGGCUGACCCGGACCUCUGCUCACACUUCACAGCUGCUGCAACUGCGCAGGAUGAAGGAGCUGAAGAAAGAGAGGGGCGUUGGAGCCGGAAAAGCUGGAAGUAAUAAAGAGAAGGACCAGAGCUGGAUUCCCAAGAUCAUCAAGAAGCGAGUGUGCACCACUUUUGUUGAAGAUUCUUCCAGUAAUGGAGCGUUGUGUCAGUGUGGUGCUGUGCGGGAGGUGCAUGACUCUGUGACAACAGGGGACUACUUUGGAGCAGCUAUUGUCACCCAGUGGGACAGCAUCCAGCACUCUUCAGAGUGUCCCACCGACGCCUUUGGAGAGCUGGAGUUUGCCGGCGCUGGACGCAGACAUAGCCAUUUUCUGCGGCUGUCAUGUGACACAUCACCUCAGAUCGUCUACAAUCUGAUGACGACUCACUGGGGCCUGCCCCCACCCAACUUGGUGGUGUCGGUGGUAGGGGGCAAAGGCCAUGAGAAGAUUAAGACAUGGGUGAGAGAUGUCCUGAGAAACGGGCUGGUUAGGGCUGCACAGAGCACAGGGGCCUGGAUCUUGACGGGGGGUCUGAUGGAGGGUGUGGCCCGCUGUGUGGGCGAGGCGGUGAGGGACCACGCGGCCGCGGCUCCAGCUCUUUCCAAGAAGAAAGUGAUUGCUGUGGGACUGGCACCCUGGGGCCUGGUGCACAACAGGCAGCAGCUUGUCAAUGCCCAGGGGAGUUUCCCUGCUCGUUACUACGUCCAGAACACAUCGAGCAACUUCUGCUGCCUGGACAACAACUGCCAGGCGUUCCUCCUGGUGGAUGAUGGGAGUGUUGGCCGCCGAGGGGGAGAGACAGCCUUUCAAGCUAGUCUGGAGGACUACAUUUCCCAUCAGCGCACUGGCAUUUGGGGUAGUGGCAGUAUUGAAAUCCCAGUGCUGUGCAUGCUCAUCUCAGGAGACGCCAAUAUGCUGAAGAGAUUAGAUGCCUCUCUGAAGAAAGCUACGCCCUGGCUGGUUCUUGCUGGUUCUGGUCCAGCUGCAGAUCUUAUCAGUGAGCUGCUGGGCAAUCUCUCCUCUGUUUCCCUCAGUGCCACCUCUCCCCCAGCAGAGGGCAAGGCUGGUGUGGGUCUCAGCACAGAGCCCCGCGACAGGGUCCGUGACAAGGUCCGGAGACACUUCCCAGCUGAAGCUGAGCUGGAGAAACUGGUGGAUAGUGCUCUGAGUAUUUCUAAGAACAGAGAGCUCAUCACUGUUUUUCACGGGGAACAGGAGGGUUCUGAUGAUUUUGAUACAGUUCUCCUCAAAGCCCUUGUUAGAGCUAGUAAACAUGUGUCCAGUGAGGCCUGUGAGUACACUGAAGAUCUGAAACUGGCCGUGGCUUGGAACCGGGUGGACAUCGCCAAAACUGAGCUUUUCAAUGGAGACAUACAGUGGAAGUAUGAGGAUCUUGAAGACGCCAUGACAGAUGCACUGAUCAACGACAAGCCCCAGUUUGUGCGUCUGUUCUGUGAGAAUGGUCUGAAUAUCCUGAACUACCUGACAUACGGCCGCUUGGAAAGCUUGUACUGCUCGCUGUCAGACAGCUCACUGGCCUACAUUCUGCUCCAGAAGCGUCUGAGCGAGAGGCAGGGCCUGGUUGGUUCGCUGCCCAACCUGGAUGGAGCUGUGACAGAGAAGAGGAGACCUCUGAAGAGUCCCCUGGGUGCACUAACUGGACCUGCCUCAGCAAUGGAGCUCACCCUGUUUGAGAAGCUGGUGCCAGUUGUUCGUGACUUAAUCAAGGUAUCCCGCCUGCUGUGGGACCUGUUGGGUGAUGUCUGUCAGCCUUUCUACUAUGGACCUCUGGGCCUUGACCAGAGCACCAGCACCAGGAGGGCUCUCAAGCAAGUCAAUAAGAUGCUGUUGGGGAAGUGUGUGUACAGGGACCAGUGCUGCCUCUCACCCUGGGCAGCACUCUUCAUCUGGGCCGUCCUGCAGAACCGUAGUCAAAUGGCUGUUUACUUCUGGGAGAUGGCAGGGGAGUCAGUGCUGAGCGCUCUGGCUGGCUGUAAGAUGCUGAGGGAGCUUUCUAAGCUCGAGAGUGAGACUGAGAACAAGCUGGCCAUGAAGGAACUAGCACAGACGUUUGAGAAACUGGCACACGAUGUUUUCGGUGAGUGUUACCAGAACAGCGAGAGUCGCUCCUUUACUCUCCUAAUAAAGAAGUCUUUGGUGUGGGGCGGGGCUACGUGCCUGCAGAUGGCCACCGCAGCUGAUGCCCGCCUAUUCUUCAGCCAAGAUGGUGUUCAGUCUCUGCUGUCUCAGAUCUGGUGGGGUGACAUGGAGAGGAGUACUGAGGUCUGGAAACUGGUUCUCACCUUCUUCCUGCCCCCCCUCCUCUACACAGACCUUAUCAGCUUCAGGGAACAAGAGGAGGAGGUUAAGUCUGUGAAGGUCCACCAUGCCAGAGACACUGACAGUCUGGAUGGGAAUGAUGCCACUGUCUUCUCCCUUGCUGACAUUAUACAAAAUGAGGAAGAAUCUGAAGAGUUCAGGCCUCUAAAAAAGAACCUGAAAGACUCUUUGCCAUCCAACUCCAAGAGACCAUUUGUUGUGACACGGUGGAGACAGUUCUGGUUUGCCCCUGUCACAUCAUUCCUGGGCAAUGUGCUGAUGUACUUCCUCUUCCUCUGCCUGUUUGCCUAUAUUCUGUUGGUGGACUUCAAGCCUCCACCCCCUGACGGCCCUGCCACGCUGGAAUUCGUGCUUUACUUUUGGGUUUUCACCUUAGUAUGUGAAGAGAUUCGGCAGACGUUCUUUGUGGGCAGUACCUUUGUGCUCCAGAGUAUGAGAAACUACAUCCAGGAUGUGUGGAACAAGUGUGACCUCACAGCCAUCGCUCUCUUCACUUUGGCUCUGUGCUGCAGAAUGUGUCCCUGGUCAUAUGAGUUUGGCCGAGCUGUGAUGGCCAUAGAUUUUAUGGUCUUCACACUACGUCUGAUCCAUAUCUUUGCCAUCCACAAACAGCUUGGGCCAAAGAUAAUAAUUGUUGGCAAAAUGAUGAAGGAUGUUUUCUUCUUCCUUUUUUUCCUGGCUGUGUGGCUCAUGGCCUAUGGGGUGGCCAAUCAGGCACUCCUCUACUCGUAUGAUCCCCGCCCUAAUUGGAUAUUCCGCAGAGUGUUCUACAGACCAUUCAUGCACAUUUUUGGACAAAUACCCAUACAUGAAAUGGAUGCUGAUAAAUUGGUGGAAGUAAACUGUACAAAUGACGCCACACGAAUUGAAGCUGGCGAGGAGCCCUGCCUGAACACCUUCGCCAACUGGCUGGUUGUCAUCCUCCUUAUCAUCUACCUGCUGUUCACCAACAUAAUACUGGUCAACCUACUCAUUGCUAUUUUCAGCUACACCUUCUCCAAAGUACAGGAGCGCAGUGACACCUACUGGAAGUUUCAGCGUUACAACCUGAUUGUGGAGUACCACUCAAGGCCCUGCCUGGCACCACCCUUCAUUAUCAUCUCACACCUCCACCUUUUCAUCAAGAGAUACAUCCGCCGCAUCCCCUCAGUCAAGAGCAAACACUUUGUUCUGGAGCUGCAGGGCAGAAAGGCCAGCCACCUCAACACAUGGGAGGCUAUACAGAAAGAAAACCUCCUCUCAGCUCAGAAUAAGUGGCAGAGGGAGAGUGACACAGCACGACUUAAACGUACAUCUGUCAAGGUGGACAGCGUGCUUAAGCAGAUGGCAGAGAUCUGUGACCAUGACCGAAAGUUGCGGCUGAUGGAGACAGAGCUGGAGUACUGCUGCAGCGCCCUCUCCUGGAUGACGGAUGCUCUGUCUCAGAGUAAUCUGAUAAAGGCCGGCCAGCCGCCACCCUCCGCUCCUCAGAGACCUGACUCCACUGUCUCAAAGUUGACUGCCUGAACUCCAGGAUCAUACACACACACAGUUUACUCAGGGCCAUUAUGUCAUAGAGCACCUUGUUUGCUAUUCUUCUUAUCAUUUCAUUUGUUUCACUUUGUUGAUUUCAGUUUUUUUUUUGAGGUGUAUUGUAAUUAGGACAAAUAAUAUGCUGAGGUAAAAGUAUCAUAUGUUUUUUUUUUUUACAGUGCUGGCAUGCAUUGCUUUCUGCUUUAGUGCCUGUUUGGAUCCUACUACUAGGAGUCGCCAAAGUCUGAAAUGUUCAAAUCUUACACAAGUAAGGCUUUACAGGUCUGAGCAUUAAACAGAGCUUUCACUAGCUUGGACCACACCAUCAGCAGAUGCGUUUAAGUGAUUUAUUGACGAAAACGAACGAUUAUGAGUGAAGCUUGAACUCGAAUACUUCUUCUGUCUACUGCUUUGUGGGGAAUCCCUGAUGGACCCCCCCUCCCCUGGGACCAUACAGAGAGUAGCAAGGAGGGGACAAAUAGAAGAAAGACCAGAGAGUGCCUUGUUAAUGUCUGCUAAGUUGAUUAAGUAAGGCAAUUUUGACCAUUAAUAAGAUAGAAUGCUGUUACAUGAUCACAACUUUUUCAGGGGAGAGCAACCUGCACUCAUUAAAGCUGCACUAAUCAAUAUCUUUAUAUUAACAAUGGAUCUAAUGACUAUAAUGUGAAAGGGGUCGCUCGUAAUGACAAAUCCACAAAGAAUGACCAACUCUGUUCCCCUCAACUCUACAGAGCUUUGUAGCCUCUUUUAGCUCAUUGUUUUGGUUUUGGUUUCUGGUUCUCAACCUGCUUUUUUAUUCACCUUAUUUCCUGCAGCAGCAGGCAGCUGUUUUCAGUGAAAUAGCUCUGAUAAAGCCACUGUAAACUACCUGUUCAGCAGCAAACAGCAGACAGACACAAUUAGAGACUAGCUGGUGAACAUAGUGGAGCAUUUUGCAGCUAAAGCAGAACUAUACCAGGUCUCAAAUUUCUUUCACAGUACAUAUCUUUGUGUAUACCACUUUCUAUCAAACAAGGAGAUAACAGACAGUCGCUAACCUUGGUGAUAAUGAGGCUGCACUUCCUGUAGCUGAUUCAUAAUAAAAACCUUCCAGUGGUUCAAAAAGCUUUCAAUGUGAAGCAGCAGCAGAAAAUGUUCAGUUUAGCAGUAGCUCAACAAAGCAAUUCCAGUUGCUGGAAUUGCUACAAUGGUACAAUGCUACAAUGGUAGCUACAGCAAAAAAGACAAAAAAAAGUGAUGGCCACUGCAUGUGUGACAGUGGAUCUGUCAAAGACUGUACGCAGCUCCUUGUUGGACAAUUGGCUCCUGGUAUGUGUGAACAAGCACUGAGAAGGAAUGGACAUGAUGUCACUUUAAACACAAGGUGCCACAGUGACUGAAGUAUAUGUCCAGACACAACAGCCAACAUCAGCCAUCUAUGCAUUCACAUGGAAUAAAAAAACAUUAAUAACCUACUAAAAAGCACUCAGUGAGGGUUGGGGGUCUUGUGGAAAACUAUUGUCAUUGCACACCCUGUACAGCAAAGUAUCUGAAAAUAUCACAUCUCUGUUUAGAGAUGUGAUAUUUUUUUAUUGGGUUGUCAUGAUUUGUAUAUUUUUCCUUUUUUGUAAACCAAUAUGUACCUCUGUUUUUGUUUUUGUUAAUGACUCAUUCAAUAUAAAUACUGUAGGUACUGUAUGUUUCAAUAUAAAGACUGUAGAGAACUCAGAUUUUAUUCAAACUGCAAUAAAGUCUUAAUAAACAGAG